AUGAAGGCUAAAGACAUUGUUGAAGUUCAUGAGACUCCCAAUAACGACAAGAGAGUCAGUGAUAGUGCAAGUAGUGAUCUACAGGAUGCCCCUACUUAUGCAAAGGUCAAAGAUCUUGGUGUUUUACUGACACCUUCAUUGAACCCUGAGCUCCAUAUACUGAACAUCUGCGGCAGGGCAAACAGGAUGCUUGGUUUUGUUCUCCGCUUCUCUAGACACUUCAGCAACAUAUUAGCACUUAAGACCUUGUACUGUGCCUUGGUACGUCAAAUCCUUGAAUACGGCUCCCCUGUCUGGAAUCCACACCAAAAUUUUCUCAUAGACGAACUAGAGAAAAUCCAGAGAAGAUUCGUCAGAGCGGUGGGCAUUAGAAUAGGUUUCACCUAUCAACAAGUUCCCAUCGAAGACCUGUUCCUUGAUCUAGGGCUCCACCUACUUGUGAGUCGUAGACUUACCGCAGACAUUAUGUUGCUCCAUAAGAUCCUCAACGGCAAAAUCGAUUGUCCUGUUAUAUUACAAAUGGUCCUAUUCAAGACUCCAUCAUCCACCCGAUCUAGCGACCUGUUUGUCAGGCAACAUCACCGCACCAACUACGCUGCAAAUAGUAAGAUGGUCCGUCUUCAGAGAUUCGGAAACAGUGUUGCCGAUGCUGUGGACGUUUUCCACGACAGUACAACACCACUGAAGACGAAGAUGGCAUGUUUUAAAAUUGGAGUAGAAAUGCAUGAAUGA